AUUACACCUUGUGGCCGUUUUGGGUUGAUACUCAUGUAGAUCCGCCGUUUAGAAAAGGUGCACAAAAUAAAGUAGUAGACGCACAUGGUCGUAUCGUACGUCACUACUCUGAUGUACCUGAUGUAUUGAAACAAUUGUCAGGAGAAGGAUAUGAACUCGGCGUGGCGUCACGUACAUCAGAAAUAAAGGGAGCUAAACAAUUAUUAGAUCUAUUUGGCUGGAAGAGGUACUUUAAGUACGUUGAAAUAUUUCCUGGUAGCAAAAUCACACAUUUUUCUGACAUUCAUAAAAAUUCUCAUAUUGAUUAUAAAGAUAUGUUAUUUUUUGACGAUGAGGCCAGAAAUAUCAUGGAAGUUGGUAAACUUGGGGUAUAUGCUGUGUUAGUUGGAGACGGUGUGAAUCAUCGUGUUGUAGAAGAUGCUUUGCGAUUAUUCAGCAAGCAAUAAUCGUAUAAAUAUUAGUAUA